CAAUAAUAAUAAUAACAAUAUAAUAAUAAUGGCGACUGCUAACAGCACGGAUUCAAAUAUAGUGAUAACUGCAGUAAUAGGGAUGGCGUGUGACGAACGAGCGAAACACAACGUUGUCGUGAAAAAUGUAAAAGGUCGUAUUUCAGCAAUUAGAAAAAAAUUUCCACACGAAAAAAUAUGAUCUAUCUUAUCAGAAAAAUUCUAGGAGAAAAAAGAAAAAGACAAAAAGAACAAAAAAGAUAGAAAAAAAAUUUGGGAAUACGAAUGGGAAGAAUUCCUCGUAUUCUUCGGCGUAUCAUCCGUAAAACGAUAGAAGGAAGGAGAGAUGAGGAGGUGGUGGUGUGGAUCUGGAGAAAGAGAUAGGUAGUAAAGAGGAGAUGGGACUAGGAGGGAGGAGUAGAGUAACGAGUACUUUUGAAAGGGGGGAAGAUUUUUGGAAAGGGUAGCUAGAACGCGUAGGUUAGGGCAGUUGCGUGGAUGGCGGGCGUCGCGGUCGCUCACGUGGCUCCCCACCGUGUUCCACAGCAUCGGCGUUCUCUCCUUCGUGUUCUCUCCCCUCCAUCACUGGUAACGCGUUGCUUCCCCUACCACACGCUCUGUUCCCCACCUAGGGUGACACUAGCGCCGCCACGCCUGCCGCUUCGCAGUAACGCGACCGCUUUCGUCGAGAGUGCGUUGUUUUUUCGUUCGCUAUUGUUGUUCGUGUUAUUCUAUUCCUCAAGUGCGCUUUCACGAUUUUCAUUAGCAGAUCGCCCCAGCAUCGAUAGAGAUUGGUUGGUCGCGCGUUCAUGAGCAAUAUAUUCCGAGAAAGGCGGAUGUGCCACAUAAUAUUUUAGAGUGAUCGAACGACGAUCCCAUCUUUCUCUCUCUCUCUCUCUCUCUCUCUCUUUCUCUCUUCCCCCUCCUUCCCCAGAAUUUAUCUUCCUUUUCUUCGUUACUUUUUUUUCCUUUUUUCUUUCUUUCUUUUUUUUUUGUUUCUUUCUUUCUAUCUUUUCCCUCUCGACGGGGGAAGAAAUUUUUGGUGCGCGUGUUUUCUGUAUUCGUCGAGCGAUACGGGGUUAUAAUAUACAUAAGUGUUGCUGAUAGAGAUAGAAAGGAAGUAUGCAAGACCGUAUCAACGAAAGGUUGGAAUAUCGACGCUCCAGCGUGAGAUUUGGUUGGUUAGUACGUGUCCGUAUGAGAUGAGGAAGAUCGGCCAUCGUUGCUAGAAGCGAGUGAAGAGAGAAAGAGAGUGAGAGAGAGAGUGAGAGAGAGAGAGAAGUAGAGAGUGAGUGAGUGAGAUAGACCGAUGGUAUUGUAAGAAAGAGGGAGAGAGAGAAAAGCGAGAGAGUACUAUUGGAAUAAUCUAAAAAAGAACAGGAGUGAGAGAGAGAGAGAGAGAAAGAGAGAGAGAGAGAGAGAGAGAGAGAAAGAAAGAGAGAGAGAGAGAGGAAAGAAUGGGUGGGAGAGGAAGAGUGCAGACUAGCCGCGUUAGUACGCGUCGCGACGCUGUCGGCGCGAUGGCCACGUGCCUCAAAGGAUAUGCCGUUGUCGACGCCGCCGUCGCCGCAGCAACAUCGGCAUCAGUAACAGCAACUAACAGCGUCGUUCUACGACAUUGACAGAAAAAGAGUGCGUUCGGUACUAUUGAGAGUUUACGAGUUACAGUGUCUUUCUUGUUUUUAGUAAAGUGAUCGGUGCUCUUUAAUAAAAGAGAGAGAAAGAGAAAAAAGAGAGAGAGAGAGAGAGAUAAAAGAGAAGAAAAAAAGUCGUGCGUGAGAGCGCGUAAUUUUUUUCGAAUUAAGACGGAAGUUUCUUAUCAGUGUGAGAUUCAGUGCUUUAGGUUUUGGUGGAUCGUUGUUUUCAUGAGGAAAAAAGUAAAACUUCGAUAAGGAUAAAGAGGUGGUGCGUUGUAAUAGUGGCUCGUCGAUACUCUUUUACUUUCUUCUGCUUCAGCUAUGACGAAGAUCUUAGAAACAUUCGUAUAAUCGUCCGAGGGAAAAGAUAAUCUUUUUAUCUUGGCACGUGGUGGAGUAAUAAAACGUAAAAGUAGUUUUGCGCGGGACAAGAAAAACCUCGUUGGUAGAAUACAGGAGUGUGGGGGCGAACGAAAGAGUGGUUCGAGAAAAAGAGAGAGAGAGAGAGAGAGAGAGAGAGAGUCAGAGAGUGAGAGAGAAAGAAAUAGGAAGUGGUAGGGAGGGGCGGUGGAAGAAGAGGGGUGAGAGUAGGUAGGAAGGAUCGUCGAGGCAGAGGAAAGCAGUGGAGUGGUGAAAAUCUCGACGCGAGCUAUACGGGGCGGGUGAGAAGGGCCAGGUCGUGGAGUGGGGAGUGAUGCCGGUGAGGGUGGCGCAGCGCCCCCCAGGUGGAAUAUCACUCCACGCCGGCGUGCCGGUAGCGGCCAGCAGCGUAACCGCCUCCGGUCCGUCGGGCCGGUGCCUCGGGGGCCCGGCUGCGUCCCCCGCCGGGUCGCCACCGCUGCCGCCGUCACUGCAAUCUCUCGGCGGCGGCAUAAGCGGCAGCAACAACAACAACAACAAUAAUAGCAAUAACGUUAAUAAUAGCAACAUCAACGGAAACAAUCAGUUGAUCAACAGCAACGGCGGGAACGGGAGCAUUAUCGGUGGCAACUCCUUAAACGGCCUCGGCAAUUUGACCAACAACAACGGGAACGGUCUAAGCAACAGCAACAUCAAUACGACGGCGUCGAGCAUCGGUGCCGCCGCCGCCACGACGAACCCGCUCCAGGCAAUGGCAUCGGCCGCGGCCUCGCUUACGCAGUUAAACAACAUGGCGAACGGGCCGCUGCCGCCGCUCGCAGGGACCGGGCCCCCGAAUUUACCGGCUCCACAGCCUGCGACAACGCCGACGCAUGCCGGUGGUCCACCGACGCCACACGGUGGCGUCGGGACGGGACCCCAUUUGAACGGGGCCUCACCAAGUCCUCAUCCUAUGCCACCCCAUGGCAUGAUGAGCGGAUCACCGCACGCGCCCCAUCCUCAUAUGCCGGCCGGAGGACCUUCGCCUCAUCCUCAUCAUCCUGCUCCUCAUAUGGUCGGCUCGCCUCAUCAUCCAGGCCCACAUCCGAUGCCACCAAACGCUGCUGGAAUGAUGGCCCCAACUGGUAUGCAACCUCAAAGUGCUCCUGGAAUGUGCGGCCCUGGACCAGCCGGUCCAAUGGGACCACAUGGACAUCCUCAAGCACCGGGACAACCUCACAUGCACAACGAUCCCUUUUAUUGUUCACCUUUUGGCUCUCAUUACUUCAGAUCGUUGCCUGUCCCCAGGAGGCAUACUCCGUACUUCGGACAACCGGACUACAGGCUCUACGAGCUGAACAAGAGGUUACAGCAGCGCAAUGAGGAUAGCGACAAUCUAUGGUGGGAUUCGUUCGCGACAGAAUUCUUCGAGGACGAUGCUACGCUCACCCUCACCUUCUGUCUGGAGGAUGGACCGAAGAGAUACACGAUAGGAAGGACGCUAAUACCUAGGUACUUCCGUUCGAUAUUCGAAGGUGGAGUGACGGAACUUUACUACAACAUGAAGCACCCGAAGGAGUCGUUUCACAAUACUAGUAUAACGCUAGACUGUGAUCACUGCGUCAUGGUCACGCAUCACGGCAAGCCAAUGUUUACGAAGGUGUGUACAGAGGGUAGGUUAAUAUUGGAGUUCACUUUUGACGACCUUAUGAGGAUAAAGUCGUGGCAUAUGUCAGUAAGAACACACCGAGAAUUGGUACCAAGGUCGGUUGUAGGCAUGCAGCAAGAUCCUACGGUACUAGAACAGCUUAGUAAGAACAUCACUAGACAGGGUAUCACCAAUUCUACUCUGAAUUAUCUCAGGUUAUGUGUUAUUUUGGAACCGAUGCAAGAACUAAUGUCGAGGCACAAGGCAUACGCGUUAUCACCAAGGGAUUGCCUGAAGACGACCUUGUUCCAGAAAUGGCAGAGGAUGGUUGCCCCGCCGGGUAAGAGAGAAUCACAGAGGCCAACGAGUAAAAGAAGAAAGCGAAAGGGCAGUACCUCUGGGCCGGGAAACAACGCUCCUCCUGCGCCUAGUAAAAAGAGAUCACCAGGGCCGAAUUUUUCUCUAGCGUCGCAGGCAAGUGACGUGAUGGUCGUAGGAGAGCCAUCUCUGAUGGGCGGCGAGUUCGGUGACGAGGACGAACGGUUGAUCACAAGGCUCGAGAACACGCAGUAUGAUGCGGCGAAUAGCUUAGACCCACAUAGUCAUGACACGACGGGUGGCCCGCCUCCGCAUCCUCAUCAAUUCCAUUCAGAGCCAACACCGGGUAACUCUUGGCCACCAGAUCGUGGCCCUGGUCCCGGACCUCCGCAAGGUGGACCUGGUAGUCAGAGAUGCUAAAGAGCGGCUGCCCGCGCUCCUAUAGGCGAGAGGCGGUCGAAGAACACAUCAGAAAACCGUGAGGUUUGUAGAGGAACGGAAGUUAUAACGGAGCAUCUGGUGUGCGACGUGUUACAGGGCGUCCAGGGUACGCAGGGAGGCGGAUCUUCGGGUGUCGCGGGUUCGCAGGAUGGCAGUCAACAGCAGCAAGACAAGAAGAGCCCCGCGGUGAGCCAGUGAGGCCAGGAGUCCCCGCGCCCUCCCACCAGAGGGCGACGGGGGCGCAAGCCCAAAAACGUGGCUCCCUAGCGGGG